AUGGCUGAUAAGCCGGGCAUGGCGCCGGGCAGCGGCGACGAUGCGGGCGGCAUCAUGGCGCUGCUGGAGCGCGUGGCGGGCCUCAUGGACGGCGUCCAGGCCACGCAGCAGCGCAUGGAGGAGCGACAGCUGGAGCUGGAGAGCACGGUGAAGACCAUCCAGGCCGACGUGGUGAAGCUGACCAGCGACCACGCCAACACCAGCUCCACCGUGGACCGGCUGCUGGAGAAGACCCGCAAGGUCAGCCGCCACAUCAAGGACGUCAGGGUGCGGGUGGAGAACCAGAAUGUCCGGGUGAAGAAAGUAGAGGCCACGCAGGGUGACCUCCUGGCCAAGAACAAGUUCAGGGUGGUCAUCUAUCAGGGUGACCAGGAAGUGAAGGCCGUCUCACUGGCCAAUGAGCCGGCAGAAGCCAGCGGUGGCCCCAGAACCAGAGCCGAGGUGGAACCGGACAAGUUCGAGCUUCCUCCAGAGUCAGAUGAGGAGUACAUGGUGGUGGAGGAGGCCGACUCCUCGGCAGCUGGACGCAUGAAGAAGUCAGGGCUGACGCGCAUCGAGAGCUUCAAGGCCACCUUCUCCAAGGAGAACAUGAGCAAGACCCGUGAGAACCUGGGAACCAAGGUCAACAAACUGGGGGAGCGCAUCGUGACGGCCGAGAGGCGUGAGAAGAUCCGCCAGUCCGGCGAGAGGCUGAAGCAGUCCGGUGAGCGUCUCAAGGACACCAUCACCAAGAGCGUCCCGGCCAAACUCAACCUGAAGAAGGAGAGGACUGUGGCGGAGGGCCAAGAGGGAGCCGAGGCCGCCGAGGGAGCCCUGCCCGUCCCUCCUCCCAAGGGCCGCAAGGCCAGUCCGGGGGCCGCCAGGGCCGCCGCCGACGAGGGCAAGGCUGAGGAGUCCGAGGUGCCGAUGUACGACAUGAAGCAGCUAUCGUAAGCCGGACAUCUGAGCUGCUUUCUUUGGACCUGUGAGACCACAAAGAGUCGGUGAAGAAGAUGAACAUUUGUUUGAACACUGCUGAAGGAAGUGAGCCGAUCCAACCUGAACAUCGAGGAGACCACCAAGAGAUCCUGAUCCGCCGACUUCUGAUGCAGUUAUGUGUGCUUCUGGACGUUUCUUAUCACAUCAGCAACAUAUAUUUAGUCCUUUUUGUUUUGUGUUCAAUAAACACUAACUCUGGAAAACACAUGAACCGUGUUCAGAACUUCUCCACCAGCUUCUCACUGCUGUUCUCUGGUUUGCAUGUCGAUGAGGUUGAAAUGCUGGAUGACAAAGCUGUAAUGGGUCGAUGGGACGUUUCAGAAAUGUUGGUGAAAAGCGAUUAAAGGUUUAAUUCUCUGACAUCACUGGGAUGGAAAACGUGGAGGUAGCAGUCAGGACGGAGGGUUCAACCAGACCAGUAGGAGCUAGAAUAGGCUCUGUUCUGGUCCAGGUCCUGGGUCAGUCUUUCAGUACACGAGGGUCCAUAAGGUCCAUCAACUUUGUCUCCCUUUGGCUUCUUGUUUCUGUCAUUUUGUAUCUCGUUUUUGUCAUUUUAGGUGUCGUUUUUGUGGCUUUGUGUUUCGUUUUUUAUCUGACACACUUUUGUCAUUUUGUGUCUUGUUUUUGUCAUUUUGUGUUUACUGACAUCAUGACCUUCUUGGUUAUUAUGUCUUUAAGUGGUUUAACUGCUCACACUAAUUAUUAGAUCAAUCGCUAUAUCUCUUUUUCAGACAGAGCCAUGCUAGCAGAUUCUACUGGGAUCUUUAUGCUAAGCUAAGCUAACAUCAGAGGGUCUCAUCAUGUCACUCAAGGAACAUUUAAUUGACCACUAGAAAGACAGCAGAUGUGACCACCAGGUACGACAUGUUCUCUGACGUGUGACCUUCUUCUUCUGUGUGGAUCGAAUGGAACAUGGUUUGGUGAGCAACGGCAUAAUCGAUCAAUAAUCAGUCGAUUGGUCAUAAACAUCCUCAGUGUGUGAAGUUUAUCGAGGCCCUAAGAGACGGAGAACCCUCGAGAACCUCCGAACACUUUGUUAGUGAGCUGUGGUUCUAAAUGCAGGAUUUUACCAAAACCCAGGUUUGAAGAACAUAUUACUGCUUCAUUUAAAACACGAGCUCUGUUAGGUUUUAGUGUGUCUGUAGGGGGCAGUGUUGUCCCGUUCUAAUCAGCACUGAUCCAGUGACUGGGCUGGAAGAUGUUCGCUGGUUUCCUGUUUUCCAUUGAGCUUCCUGACGAGGUUUUCCUGACACAUGGCUUAAUUUAUUCUGUGAGCAGACCUUGUUAUUGAGCUUCAGCUGCUGAGUGACUGCAUGACUGUUUGUCAUAAUGAAGAGAAUAAAGGUUGAUUUGAAUCAUUUCUGGAA